GUCAUCACCCUUGUCUUCGUCCAUCUCCGACGUCGGGGAAAGAGAGUGCGAAGAAGCCUCGUGGUGCUGGAGAAGAGACAUGGAUCGCCAAACCCUAAGCAGGCGUUUCUCUGUGCAGCUACCCCGCGCUACACGUCCCUCGUCGUCCCCAUGCCCUCCAGAUUCUUCGAGCCUUUGAAGCAUGAUCGUUGGUUGCUGUAUAUGCUUGAGAUCUGGAACAGAGUGUGGAUCGAAGUUAGAGAGACGAGGGAGUCGGGUUGUUGUAUGAGGUUUGAAACCCGCAUUGGAGAUGUUGUUUUGGAUAUGAUUUUCGAAGGCUCGCAAUAUUUUUCUAAAUCGUAGUAGAACUCGGAGAAAGCUGGCGAUAUCCCAACCAAGGUCUUUGAAGCGAGUCUUAUCAGACCUGCACCCAUUUCCCAUUCUGGUAGUCACGCCCACCAUGGCUUGGAAUGUGUUCAAGUUUUGUACGGGUCUCAAGGCUGUCGGUUCUAUUAUGGUGCUGGUGGUGCUGGGGGUUGUUGGGGUAUCCUACUAUGCCGUGGUGAUUACCAAUUAUGGACCAGAGCUUGCCAGAGGUGGCUCUGACGCAUUUACGGCUUUUCUUGUACUCUUUCUCUUUCAUGCUCUAUUGGCGAUGCUACUAUGGUGCUAUUUUUCGGUUGUGUUUACUGAUCCUGGUGGUGUGCCACCGUCGUGGCGACCUUCUUCAUCCGAGGAGGACCUAGAAGUGCCAUCUUUACCUUUGACACAAAAUUCUUCACAUGAUUCAGCUAAGAUUCCGACGAUGAGUCAAAGUGGUCGGGCUCGCUACUGUCGGAAGUGCUCUCAGUACAAGCCUCCACGUUGCCAUCAUUGUUCCGUAUGUGGCCGGUGCAUUUUGAAGAUGGAUCACCAUUGUGUAUGGGUGGUGAACUGCGUCGGUGCUUGUAAUUAUAAGUAUUUCCUUCUUUUCCUCUUUUACACCUUGCUGGAGACUUCGGUGGUUACGGUGUCGCUAUUGCCAGCAUUUAUUGCGUUCUUCGGGGACGUGGAAGAGACAGCUAUUCCCGGUUCUCUGGUAGCUACCUUCCUCGGGUUUGUGCUGAACAUGGCAUUUGCUUUAAGUGUUCUUGGUUUCCUCAUUAUGCAUAUUUCUCUUGUUGGUGGCAAUACAACCACCAUCGAGGCUUAUGAGAAGAAAACAUCUACGAGGUGGCUAUUUGAUUUGGGGUGGAAGAGAAACUUCGAGCAGGUUUUUGGCACAAGGAAGCUCUAUUGGUUCCUUCCAUUGUACGAUAAGGAAGACUUGAGAAAGAUCACUGCAUUGAAUGGGCUCGACUACCCUAUGAGGUCUGAUCUAGAAGGCCAGGAGUAUUAGACGGGGAUUUGUGUUGUGGCAGACAAGUAUUUGCGAGGGUCGAAGUUCUUUGCUGUCACAGGGUUUUAAAGAGGAAUUUCGGCUCGUUUCACGCCCUCUUGAUAUUUCUUUUCUGACGAAGUAACCAAAUCAGAUGAUCUUAGAAGCUUAAGUGAAAGUAUUGGACGAUAGCUAUGGCGUUGUUUUGUUACGUCUGGCCAUUUUACUUGCCCUGAAGCAAUUGUGUUCCUUUCAGAUGCUUGGUUUCUUCACACAUGCCUGGAGGUCUCUGCUUCCGAUUUCUGCUAUGUUAUUUGUAAUGCUAAUGUAGGAGGGAGUAAGAUGUUUUAGUUGAUGACACGGAAGAUGGUAGGAGAUAAGACGGAGCACUCAACAGCAGUCUUUUUAGUUCACAUGUUUGAGCCAAGCAUCCGCCUCUAAUUAGGCCAUAUAUUUUUGCUGGCAAUAGUCGUUGUCAACCGUACUUUGCACAUUGACAACAUGGUGCCAAGAGAGUGGUUGCCUGGUGGUGUGGUCAAGCUUGAAUGCUGACCAAGCCUGACAUUAGAGAUGAAGACAUUAGCCUAUACUCUCAGAGAUGAAGUAAUUUGUGAAGUGCUGGCUGACCUCAGGCGAGGCUGUGAUACCUCCACCUGUGGUUUCCACUAGCUCUGGUUAAGAAUCUGGAGCAGUUUGGAGCAAGGCAGUCUAUGAUUUCUCACUACUCCCAAUAUUGUACACUGAAAGCAUUAAUUAAAGCCUCUAAGGUUAAGAGGGUCUGUAUUUUAGUUGCUUACAGGGCAAUAUAUCUUGUGGAGCUUUCUUCACUUGUCAGCAGCCAGGUUGCGUUGAACUGGGAUGUAAUCAUGGGGUUGGGUCAGAGUCGUACUGUGCUUAGGCUUCAAAAAUGUAUUUCCUGGAAAUAAUAAUUCAAGUAAAUAAAGCAAUUUUAGGAGGCGCUUCUCUUUCAA